AUGCCGUCCGUUACUGGAUUUUGGUUCAGAUCUCAAACACUGGCGCUCGUUCUCAGAAAGUUCUGGCUUUACGAGAAAACAUUCAGGCUUUUGACUGAACUUGACGCAAGCGAUACCGCGACUGGCACCGACUCAAUGGACUCGGAAAACAGUGGUACAAAAGCUCGAAACGCUAUUGAAAUUAUUGACGUGUGGGAGGAAUUGAGAGACCUGGGAAAAGCAUGGGAGCCACUUUCAACAGACGUCAAGAUUUUAAACUCUCUUGCACGGUAUCUCAAGCGCAACCCAGAAGUGAAAGCUAAAUUCGAAAAAACAAGAAUCGCAACUAGGAAAUCGUUUUGCGACGAGCUUAAGAGAUGUAUGAUUGUAACGGAGGAGAUAAGAGUGGAGGAGCCAGGUUUGUGUCAUAACGAUGGUUGUAUAACAUCAGAAAUCACCUUUCAUCGGUACCCAUUCAUCAAAACAUGCUGGACAAGCGCUCGCGCUCGAGUGGAUAAGAGAUCCGGUGAGUUGAAGGAUGUUGAUUUCGUAUUUAUUUGUGUUUUUUUAAACUGA